AACCCAAGCCGGGUCCAAAUUAGGAAGCUGGGGAAAGAGACAGGGUGGGGAGGGAGGGGGGUCCCUGCUGCUCCUCCACUCCUCUCGCCUGCCUAAGGGAGCAGGGCUGAAUGAAAAGUCCAGGACACUCAGAAGUCACCGCCCGAGCAGCAUCAAACCUGAAGAACCGGGACCGACGUCAGCUCGGCCGCCUGACUUCCGUGGUUCCCGCCUGCCCACGCUGCAGGUUUUUCAGGUGCCUGCUUGAGCGUGCGCUCGCAGGCGUAAAUAACCGUGCCAUCAGCAGCCGCGUCAGCCAGCAGGCUAUUUAAGCAGGCUGGCACCCGCACCCGCUGCUUCCCAGCCCAGGGCUCGCCCGGUCUUCCACUGCGGUCUCGCCGGUGACGCAGAGGCAGAGGGAGGCGGAUCUCUGUGAGUUCCACAGGAGGCCAGCCUGGUCUACCAAGCGCGCGCGCACCAUGUCGGCGGAGACCUCGAGCGGCCCCACGGAGGACCAGGUGGAGAUCCUGGAGUACAACUUCAACAAGGUCAACAAGCACCCCGACCCCACGACGCUGUGCCUCAUCGCAGCCGAGGCGGGCCUCACGGAGGAGGAGACGCAGAAAUGGUUUAAGCAGCGCCUGGCGCAGUGGCGGAGGUCAGAAGGCUUGCCCUCAGAAUGCAGAUCUGUUACAGACUAGCGAGCCCGGCACCUGCAGCUUGCUCCUGGAACUCCAGCUGUUCCUCCUUGCCUCAGCUUACCCAGGCUGUUUUGAUGUUUCAGUGCAGUGUUGAAUGUCCCAUUGUUUGCUGUCAUGCUAUUUAACACAAAGGCUUGCGUUUCCCUUUGGAUUUUAAUGAGAGAUGAUGUAGGAGAAUUUUUUUUCAUUUGCCUUUGACCACCACCUGACAGUAGCAGUUGGCAUGUACCGUCUGUUUCAGAGCUGCCAAGCUUCUACUGAAAAGAUAACCAAACAGGCAGGGAAAAGCACCUCCCCGACCCACGUCUCUGUGUCCUUUUCCUCCCAUUUCAUUUAGUACAUUGGUGGCUGGAUGAGCACACAGGUGUAUUUGAGUCGUUCAAAUUCUAUAUACACCAGUUCCUUCUCUUAGGGCUGUGCUACCUUGGAAAGAACCCUUGGCCUGCAGCUAUAGACUGAUUCCAAGGGGCAGAAAAGCCAUGCCACUAAGAAAAAAAAAUCACAGAGUCUGGAAUUUACCUUAUUUAAAUGAAUUUGUUAAAUUUAUUUUGCUGAAUAAAAUGAACUGCUUUUUGUCUCAAAAAUUAUAUUCUAAAUAAAAAAAAACUGUUGAAAACUCA